AUGGGCUCUGGUAUUGCUCAGGUAGUUUUUUACAUGUUUUUUGAUGUUGUAAUUUUUUCGUAAAGAUAACUGCUUCCGCCAAAAUGAACGUUUUCGUGGUGGACAGCAACGCGGAGGCUUUGAAUAAAGCACAGAAGUCGAUAGAAAAGAGCCUUCAAAGAGUGGCAAAAAAGCGGCACGCCGACGAUUCUGCGGCUCAGGCCAAACUUGUUGCUGAAACUCUCAGCCGAGUGAAGACUUCGACAAAAGUCUCAGACGCAGUCCGAGAUGCCGAUCUUGUCAUCGAAGCGAUCGUCGAGAAUAUCGACGCCAAGAAGAAACUAUUUGCCGAGGUUCGCAAAAAAUAAAUAAAAUAAAAAUCAACUCCUUACUCACAUAGUAGAUUUUAUAUCCAGAUAGAACCGUCAAUAAGAUGAAGUGGCAUCAAAUUUUUGAAUUGGGUCACUUCAUAACUAAAUUUUUUUGGUUCAAUUUUGUUGAGAUCUUUAAAGCUCUGAACGAAGAUCCAAGCUCUGAGGAGUUUGUUGGACGCUUCGACCGAAUCACGCUUUUUUCCAAAAAAAAAAAAUACUUUGCUCUGGCUUUUUCAAAAACCUUAGUUUAAAUUUCCAAAGGCACAUGAGUCUUGUAUGGCCUGAGAUAAUUCUGAAAAUAGAUUUACGCCUUAAUAACUUCUGAAAAUUCUCCUGCGCCCUUUUUUCGAACUAAUAAUUUUUCAAUAGUCUUCAAGAAUGUGAAACUGAAAAAUGUGUCUUAGAUUGAAAAAGCCGCCAGAAGCGAUGCAAUUUUGGCUUCGAACACGUCAUCGCUGCGACUCAUGGACAUCGCGGUCGACCUCAAGAACAAACCUCGAUUCGUCGGUCUUCACUUCUUCAAUCCAGCCCCCAUCAUGCAGCUUCUCGAGGUGAAUCACCCGGGGUCUCGCUGUGGCGACUUUGAAGCAGGUCAUCAGACACCCGUUGACGUCGGAGAAGACCUUCGAGGAGAUGUUGGACUACGGAAAAGAGAUCGGCAAGGUGACGGUCAAGUGCAAAGAUACUCCGGGGUUCAUCGUCAACCGACUUCUCAUCCCAUACAUGAUGGAGGCCUUGAGACUUUAUGAACGUGGCGACGCCUCAAAAGAGGUUUCUUUCUCUAAAUUUCUAUAAGUUGAAGAUUUUGUACUAAUCCUAUGAAUUAUCGAAAAUUUCCACUUCAAAAAUUUUUUUUCUUUUUGAGAACGCGAGAAUUAGAAAGGACAAAUACCUUUUUUUAAAUUUAAAAAUUGACUUUGAGACAAGUUUUUCAUUUUUGGUUGUAUAAAAUAAUCAGAUUUGCUCUUCUUCAUCGAAAAGAUUUCCUGCGGUAGAUAAUAUCAACCGAGAUAAUAGAACUAUUGUUAAUCGUAUAUAGCUCAAUUCAGAUUUUUUUAAAAAAACUUAUUUCGAAUUAUGUUUCAUAAAAAAACGUGAGAUUAUUUGGAUGGAAAAAAAUUUUUAUCAAUUUACAGGGUGAAUCGAAAUUUUGCGCGCGAAAAAUUCUCGUAAAUGUACUGUAAUCGGCCACACUUUUGAAAGAGUAGGGCGCACUUUGCGGUUGAUAGGCGGCAAUUUGUUCACCCCAGAGUUGAAAUAAGCCGAAGUAUGUUUUCCUUCUUAUUUAAUUUCUUGAACACUGAUUAAGGACAUCGACGUGGCGAUGAAGCUCGGCGCCGGCUACAAGAUGGGGCCGUUCGAGUUGGCUGACUACGUCGGACUCGACACGGUUCAGUUCAUCAUCGAGGGCUGGAGCAAGACUUAUCCCGAAGAGCCGGCUUUCCGACAGAGCCGUCUACUUCAGGAGCUAGUCUGCGCCGGGAAACUUGGCAGGAAGUCUGGCGAAGGCUUUUACAAGUAUUGA